AUGUGCGUUGCAGCCAGCGCUUGUCAUGCGCGGUCAGAGCGGGUAGUAGGGCAACCCAAUCGGCGUCAUCUCCCCCUUUCGCAGGAUGUAGAGACCGAAGCUGAACAUGAUCUCAACUUUACUGGCGCGGCAAGUGCUGUGGGAGAUGAAAUCCAGGUGACUCCUGAUGUCCUUGGGGGAUUCUUGACGGAUUUGACUGAAAUUGAAGAGGAAGGAAGACUACCAUCGACAGGUCAGGGCACGGCCCGAGAUUUUCAAUCAAAACCGCAAGAUACUGCACAAAGUGAUAUUACUAUGUCUCCAGAAACGCCAUGGUCUAAUAUUCCAUGGAGACAAAGCCAAGCGGUUCUGGAGACGAUACUUGCGACAUUGGACCACUUCAGUCAAAGUUCGUCGCUCCGAGAUUGGGACAAGACCGAGAAUUACAAAAAUGACAAAGGCACCUACGAUCUGUCGCCCAGUGAUAUUGCCAAUAUACUUACUUCACCAUGGAUGGGUCUGUCAUUACUUGAUGGCCAAAAUCAGGAUAACCAGGAAGCCUUCCAUCACAGAAUCAUUCUCAGUUUUGAAGCUGCUAUAACUCUUGGACAACACAAAGUGGACAAGAAAGAUACGGAUGCGAACAAAAUUGAAAAACACAUUGAAGAUAUCAAGACGCAGAAGCUUCACAACGCACUGGCAAAACUAGACCAAAUGUCUUUUCGUACGCCACCAUCAUUAUCUUUGCUUCAAGCUCAAUGCAUCGGUGUAGCAAUACUACAAUACCUUGGCAAUGUGCCACAGGCAUGGAGCAUGAUGGUUGCCGUAUCGCGUACAUUUAUUGCGCUAGGCUUUAGCAAUGCUGAUAGUAGUCGACCAGUAUCACGGGGCGAAAGUGUUGAGAGGUGCAUUGCCUGGUGCUACCAGCUUGACCGGUCAAUGAGUCUCCUUCUUCGACAGCCGCCAUUUCUACCACAGCUGUUGAGUGCGCCGCCUUCAAUAUCAUCUGAUGAGAUAGAGACAGACCCUGCAAAGCUCGAUUUGGUCCAAAUUCUUCUGGAGUUCGCCCAUAUACAAGGAUAUAUAUCUCCCAUAGCUUCCGGUACAAAAACGAUAGUCUGGGAAGACAUUCAACCAACACAUAGCAGUUUGAUAAAACUGUAUUCGAAAAUUGAAAAUCUAAGAAGUUUGAGCUUGAUCUCUUGUUUCUGGAUUUCAGGUAUUACGCAACACAGACAAUUCUUCUACAGCGAUGCGCCGAAUUACCCACCAGCAGCCAGGUCCAACGACAGGUGUUAA